ACUCCUCGCUGCAUUUCAUUUCUAGUAAAUUCCAUUGGUUUUUCUCUCCUUCUUCUUCUUCUGCUUCUUCUUCUCAUGAUUUUUUGCCCAAAAUGUUGGCCACAAUUUCGAUACCCUCCAAUUUCCACUUCCCCGUUUCCUUCCGACAACACGCACUCUCGAGUACUCGCAUGAAGAUUUUUGCAGUUGGAGCUACGGGAACUCCUAAACCCAGAGACCCAUCGCUCCUUCUCUUUCGUCUUCGUUUCAGCACAGAAUUUUCCUGUAAACGCGUUGUACACAGGAGGGUUAGCAGCGAUGGUGGUGGUGCUCUUGAUUCUACUCAGCAGCAGUCUGCAGCUUCUGACAUCAGAGACGUACCAAAUGAUUCUUCUAGUGUUGGACACAGUUAUGUGGCAUUGUUUGUCCGGAUGCUCGGCUUAGAUCAUGAUCCUCUAGAUAGAGAACAAGCAAUCGUAGCUUUAUGGAAAUAUUCCCUUGGAGGGAAGAAGCACAUAGAUGCCAUCAUGCAGUUUCCUGGAUGCAUAAAUCUAACAGUAAAUCUUCUUAGGUCAGAGUCAGCCUCUACGUGUGAAGCAGCUGCUGGCCUUCUACGGUCAAUUUCUAUGGUGAACUUAUUCCGAGAUUCAGUUGCCGAAAGUGGAGCAAUUGAAGAGAUAACUGCCUUGCUUAGUCGACCGUCCUUGACUCCUGAGGUGAAGGAGCAAAGCAUAUGUGUUCUGUGGAAUUUGUCGGUAGACGAAAAACUCAGAAAAAAGAUUGCAAAUACUGAUAUUCUGCCAUUACUUAUUAAGAAUCUUGAUGAUGAGGACAUGAAGGUGAAGGAAGCAGCUGGAGGGGUUAUAGCAAAUCUUACUUUGAGCCCAUGUAACCAUGGGGUUAUUGUUGAAUCAGGCUUAAUUCCUAAACUGGCGUAUCAGUUAAAAGCUGAGGCAGACAGCUCAAAAACUAUGAGAAAGGAAGCAAGAAAUGCGUUGCUAGAACUUUGUAAAGAUGAAUAUUAUAGAAUUCUUGUGAUAGAGGAAGGACUGGUUCCAGUACCAGUACUUGGUGCUGCUGCCUAUAAAUCCUUCAAACCAGGCCUGCAUUCAUGGCCAAGUUUGCCUGAUGGCACAGAAAUUGAACGAUCUUCCAAAAAACCUUCAAGAUUUGGUGCCUCUGAAUUACUCCUCGGGUUGAAUGUUGAUAAUAAUACAAACAUAGAUGAAGGCAAGAUUAAUGCAAUUGUUGGACGGUCACAGCAACAAUUUCUGGCUAGAAUAGGUGCCAUAGAACUUGAAGAUUUAAAGGACACUCAAUCUGAAUCAUCUACCAGUAAUCAUCUUACACUCUUACCUUGGAGAGACGGUGUGGCUCGACUAGUCUUGGUCCUCGAACUAGAGGAUGAUAAUGCCAAAGUGAGAACUGCAGAGUUAAUUGCUGAUGCAUCUAUCAAUGAACACAUGCGUGUUUCAUUCAAGGAAGCUGGAGCAAUCAAACAUUUAGUAAAGCUUUUGGAUAGUAUGAAUAAUUCAGUCAAAUGGGCUUCAAUUCAAGCCCUGGAGAGACUGUCAAUCAGCAAUGUUGUUUGCCAGACAAUUGAAAAUGAAGGUGCACUUAGUCCUUUGCUCAGUAUUUUAAAGCUCUCAAGUAUUCCUGAAAAUGUGAUGGAGAAGACCCUCGAUAUACUUUCUCGGAUCUUGGACCCUAGUAAAGAAAUGAAAUCAAAGUUUUACGAUGGACCACUGAACGGUUCUCAAGGGGGACAACAUUCAGAAAGGAAUUCUGAAGCUUCUACCUGGAAAGAUGUGUUGGAUGCUGUUGUUGUUUCUAGCCUAGUUGAGAUUUUGAAGACCUCAUCCCCAAACUUGAAACGCAAAGCUGCUUCUAUCCUAGAAUUUAUUUCUAUUAUGGACCCAAGCAUGGAUAUAAUCGAUCCCAUGGAGAUAGAAUCUGGAUUGUCCGCUGUUUUCCAGCUUGGAGUUUCAAUAGAUGCUGAUGCUGAAGAUUGGCCGCCUGAAAGACAUGCCCUUGAAGUUGAAGAAGCUGGUCUUGCAAUAUCAGCUGCCUCCCGACUACUAACAAAGCUUAUGGAUUCUGAAAAGUUCUGCAACAAAAUAAACGCCGCCCGUUUCACCGAGUCGCUUCGUCGAAUCCUGAAGUUGGACAUUCCCAUUCAGCACAAAGAUUGGAUUGCUGCUUGCCUAAUCAAAGUCAGCUCCGUUGCAGCUCCGAGCAUAGAUUCUGGAGAUCCCAUCGACAUGGAGGUCGCUCUGUACGAAACUAUACCGAGACUUAUUCAGCAGAUGAAAAGCUCGUUGUCCAUGGAAGUUCAGGAAUCCGCUGUUGUGGAGCUGAACAGAAUAGUCUCGGAGGGAAUGGUUGAUGCGACCCGAGCUGUUGCUUCUAAAGGCGGCAUCUUUCCAUUGGUGAAGCUGAUCGAUGAAGGAAGUGAGAGGGCAAGGGAAGCAGCCUUAGCCGUAUUGUAUAAUCUGAGUAUGGAUACUGAAAAUCAUCCAGCAAUUUUAGCUGCAGGAGCUGUGCCAGCGUUGAGGAGAAUUGUUCUGUCGCAACGAGUACAGUGGCAACAAGCUCUUUAUUUGUUGAGGACAUUGCCUACAUGACAAAAGGUAUGAGAAAAGGACUAUAUAAAAUUAUGCUGCAAAUGCUUUAUGAUAUCAAAAUUACCACAAGAUAAUUGAAAUCAAGUUUAAUUAUAC